UUCUUUACAUUCAGGUGGAGUCAGUUCUUACUGGGAUAUAAAGUUCCAGGAAGCGAGGCAGAGGCAGCUGGGUUGCUUAAAUCUUAGGAAGCUUACAAAGUCAUCAUGAGGGAGUGUCUUUCUAUCCAUAUUGGCCAGGCUGGGGUCCAGAUGGGCAAUGCCUGUUGGGAGCUGUAUUGUCUGGAACAUGGAAUCCAGCCGGAUGGGACCAUUCCCAGCAACAAGGCAGUUAAACCGAUAGAGCCAGAGACUGAACAAGUGGAUUCUUCUUUUGAGACCUUCUUCUGUGAGACUGCAUCAGGAAAGCACGUGCCCAGGGCUGUGUUCAUUGACCUGGAACCCACGGUCAUUGAUGAGAUCCGAAUUGGGAACUACCGUGCACUCUUCCAUCCUGAGCAGCUCAUUAGUGGCAAAGAGGAUGCCGCCAACAACUAUGCCCGGGGCCACUACACCAUUGGGAAGGAAAUCAUUGAUACAGUAUUGGGUAGAGUCCGUAAAAUGGCUGACCAGUGCAGUGGCCUUCAAGGGUUCCUGGUCUUCCAC